AGUCUUUUGUACUUUGCAUCUUCUUUUCUCACGCAAAGACACAACACCUCUCACUUCUUUCGCACGCAAAGCCCCUAUCUCUCUUUCUGAUCAUGCAGCAGAACCCAGGAAAGGACCUCUUGGCAGCAAUUGACGCUGCGGACGCAGAUCUCCGUCACUUGUCGCUUCAGAUCCACGACCAUCCAGAACUGGGCUACCAGGAGCAUUUUGCUCACAGAAUCCUGACAGAUUACUUAGCAGAGCAAGGAUUUCAUGUCAUUCGACAUGCCUGUGAUAUCGAGACGGCCUUUAUUGCAGAAUAUGUACACCAGGGGCCAGCAGAUGUUGCUGCUCGCGAUACGACUCCCAUGAGAUCAGUCGGUUUCUGCUCCGAGUUCGAUGCCCUACCCUCGAUCGGCCAUGGAUGCGGGCACAAUUUGAUUGCAAUUUCGGGCGUAGCAGCUGUGUUGGGCGUCAAGGCAGCGAUGGAGAAGAAUCAGAUCCGUGGAAGAGUGCGUUUGUUAGGCACUCCUGCUGAGGAGACCUUGGGCGGCAAGCGGCCUAUGUUGGAGAGGGGUGCGUUUGAUGAUUUGGACGCAUGCAUGAUGGUUCACCCAGGCCAGUUCGAUGUCCUGUACAGACAGCCUUUGGGUGUGGGUCGGCUCGAAAUCGAGUUCCAUGGAAAGGCAUCGCAUGCCUCGAGCAGCCCUUGGGAAGGAAUCAACGCGCUCGAUGCGGUGGCAAUGACAUACAACGCUAUUGGCCUCCUUCGCCAGCAGACCCUGCCCUCCAACAGAAUCCACUCUAUUGUUACCAAUGGUGGUCAAGCCCCCAACAUUAUCCCGGAGCUCGCGUCGAUGAUCACCAUGUACCGUGCCAACAAGAACGAAGACCUCGUCAAGCUGCACGACCAGAUCGUUGAGAUCGUUGAGUCCGCCGCCGAGGCCACAGGCUGCACCGUCAAGGUUGAAAAGACUAUGGAGUACCUGCCCCUGAACAACAACGCACCCCUCACAGACCGCUAUGGCUCCUACAUGAAGUCCUUUGGCGUCCACUACAAUACUCGCGAGGUCGAUGAGGUUACGCCUGCAGGAUCAACGGAUAUGGGUAAUGUCACCGUUGCCCUGCCAGGCAUCCACCCCGUCUUCAACAUUGCUAGCUUGGAAGGUGUCCGUGAGCCAGGCUUGUCGACCCAUUCUCUCCUGUUUGCAGAGCGCGCUGGAACUGAGUUGGCCCACAAAACCGCCAUCCGUGCUGCGAAGGGCCUUUCAUUGACCGCCAUGGAUAUUCUGCUGGAUGCUGAGUUUACGAAAGCUGUACGUGAGGAGUUUGAACGCACAAAGAAAAUCUGAGUGCGCGUUAAUCACGUCUAUAGUGAUGACAGUUAUAUGUGGAAUAAAAAGGUGCCUUGUCCUUCGAA